AUGAACCAAACAUCAAGCCGCCAUGAGAUGAUACCAUCCAAAACAGAGUACGGUGAGAAGGAAGAAUACGACGAGAAGGACGAUGACAUCGAGAAUAGUGUCGAAAUGGGCGAGGAGUACGAAGCAGAGGGGCCACUCGUUGAGGCCGUUCGACUUGUGGUACCGAUUUCUGACGACACAACACUGGUGGCAAUCACAUUUCGAUUCUGGGUGAUAUCGACCUUCUUUGGCAUCAUCGGCGCCGUGAUCCAGGAAUACUACUACUUUCGCACCACCAACGGCGUGUUCUCGAUCUUCUUUGUCAACCUCGCAUCGUAUGCGCUAGGCAGGGUCAUGGCGCGGAUCCUUCCAACAACAGCUAUCAGGAUUGGAAAGUUCUCUUUGUCUCUCAACCCAGGACCCUUCAACAUCAAGGAACAUACUUUGAUCGGCAUUACGGUGUCGACUGCUGCAACUGCUGCUUACGCGAUCGUCAUUCUUUCGGCAAUGGAUCUUUACCUCAACGACAGGAUCAAUACUCUAGGCUCUUUGUUGCUUAUUCUGACGACCCAGUGCAUUGGAUAUGGGAUGGCUGGUAUGCUCCGCAAGUACCUUGUCUAUCCAGCAGAGAUGGUCUGGUGGAGCAAUCUGGUUCAGGUUGUCUUCUACAAUGCUAUCCACAACACGGACGAGUUCAGGGCGCGCAAGAUGAUUCGAGGCUGGUCCUACAUGAAGUUCUUUUGGGUUUUCUGUAUCGGCAUGUUCUUGUACGAGGUGUGUAGCGCAUAUGCAGUAUUAUACAACCCCGAUAUGGAUCGCAUUGUGCUCCAGCUUAAAUUCACUGCCCUGUACUCACAUCCUCCAUUCAACAAGAACGUCUGGGCGAUCUUCUCAUCCAUCUCUGGAGGUGGUGUCCUUUCACUCUCGUUUGACUGGAACUCGAUCGGUGGUACCACUCUGUACUACCCACUGUCGGCGCAGCUCUGCAACUUCGUGGGCAAUGUCCUCAGCUAUUGGAUUAUCUUGCCCAUCAUGUGGCUUACCAACGCCCUCGGGACACGGACAUUCGGCAAACCCCUCACCCCUGAACUCUUCUUUCAGAAUGGUACGAAGUUCGACAUCAAAACUGUGUUGAAGCCCGACCAUUCUCUGGACGUCAACAAAUACAUCGCCGGGGAGCCAGCGGGCGAUGAUAUCCACACCAGGAUGAUGAGAGUCUACCCCGAGGUCCCUCAGCUGUGGUACGCCGUCUUUUACAUCGCCAUGGCAGGACUGGCUAUCUUUGUCUGA